AUGGAGGGUGUGGGCGCCGUGCGCUUCUGGCUCGUGGUGUGCGGCUGCCUGGCGUUCCCGCCACGGGCCGAGUCCGUGUGCCCCGAGCGCUGCGACUGCCAGCACCCCCAGCAUCUCCUGUGCACCAACAGGGGGCUUCGCGCAGUACCCAAGACCAGCUCACUGCCUAGUCCUCAGGACGUGCUCACCUACAGCCUAGGCGGCAACUUCAUCACCAACAUCACCGCCUUCGACUUCCACCGCCUGGGGCAGCUCAGACGGCUGGAUCUGCAGUACAACCAGAUCCGCUCUCUCCACCCCAAGACCUUCGAGAAGCUCUCGCGACUAGAGGAGCUGUACCUGGGGAACAACCUCUUGCAGGCGCUCGCUCCUGGCACGUUGGCCCCGCUGCGCAAGUUGCGCAUCCUUUACGCCAAUGGUAACGAGAUUGGACGCCUGAGCCGCGGCUCCUUCGAGGGCCUGGAGAGUCUAGUGAAGCUACGGCUGGACGGGAACGUGCUGGGAGCGCUGCCAGACGCAGUCUUCGCUCCCCUGGGCAACCUGCUCUACCUACAUCUGGAGUCUAACCGAAUCCGAUUUUUGGGCAAGAAUGCCUUCACCCAGCUGGGUAAGCUUCGAUUCCUCAAUCUCUCUGCCAACGAGCUGCAACCCUCUCUGCGCCACGCGGCCACCUUUGUCCCUCUGCGCUCCCUCUCUACUCUUAUCCUCUCUGCCAACAGCCUGCAGCACCUCGGUCCCCGCGUCUUCCAGCACCUGCCACGCCUAGGCCUGCUGUCCCUCAGCGCCAACCAGCUCACGCACCUCGCCCCAGAGGCCUUCUGGGGGCUGGAGGCCCUGCGGGAGCUGCGCCUGGAAGGCAACCGGCUGAACCAGCUCCCCCUGGCACUGUUGGAGCCUCUGCACAGCUUGGAGGCACUAGAUCUGAGUGACAAUGAGCUUUCUGCUCUGCACCCCGCCACCUUUGGCCACCAGGGCCGGCUACGUGAGCUCAGCCUGCGCGACAACGCGCUCAGCGCCCUUUCUGGAGACAUCUUCGCCGCCAGUCCAGCUCUCUACCGGUUAGAUCUAGACGGCAACGGUUGGACGUGCGACUGCCGGUUGCGGGGUCUGAAACGCUGGAUGGGCAACUGGCAUUCUCAGGGUCGCCUCCUAACCGUCUUCGUGCAGUGUCGCCACCCCCCGGCCCUGCGGGGCAAGUACCUGGAUUACCUGGAUGACCAAGUGCUGCAGAACGGGUCUUGCGUGGAUCCCUCACCUUCCCCUACAGCAGGAAGUAGGCAGUGGCCGCUACCUACAGCCUCGGAGGAGGGGAUGACGCCCCCUGCAGGUCUCUCGCAGGAGCUACCACUGCAGCCUCAGUCCCAGCCCCAGCCCCAGCCCCAGCCCCAGCCCCAGCCCCAGCCCCAGCCCCAGCCCCAGCCCCAGCCCCAGCCCCAGCAGCGGGGGAGACUUCUACCAGGAGUGGCCUGGGGUGGGGCUGCCAAGGAGCUGGUGGGCAACCGCAGCGCAUUAAGGUUGAGCCGGCGGGGUCCAGGCCUGCAGCAUCAGGGCCCCUCUGCCGCUGCUGCUCCGGGUUCUGCCCCACAGUCCUUGGACCUGCACGAGAAGCCGGAGCGAGGACGUCCCACUCGAGCCAAUCUCCCUCAGAUGGAGCCCACCCCGACGUCUGAGCCCGCCUCUGGGACACCAUCUGCUAGAGACAGCUGGCAGCGAGCAGCAAAGCAGCGCCUAGCCUCAGAGCAGCAAGAUCGCACAGUCCAGUCCGAUAGUGGGCUCAGCUUGGCACCUCUGGUGUCUGACCCCUGUGACUUCAAUAAAUUCAUUUUGUGCAACCUGACGGUAGAGGCGGUGAGCGCCAACAGCGCCUCGGUGCGCUGGGCGGUUCGCGAGCACCGCAGUCCCCGGCCGCAGGGCGGCGCACGCUUCCGCCUGCUUUUUGACCGCUUUGGCCAGCAGCCCAAGUUCCAGCGCUUCGUCUACCUGCCCGAGCGCAGCGACUCGGCCACGCUGCACGAGCUGCGCGGAGACACCCCCUACCUAGUGUGCGUGGAGGGCGUGCUCGGGGGUCGCGUUUGCCCCGUGGCCCCCCGAGACCACUGCGCAGGAUUGGUAACCCUGCCAGAGGCAGGAGGUGGAGGCGGCGUCGACUACCAGCUCCUGACCUUGGUCUUGCUGGCUGUCAACGCGCUGCUGGUGCUCCUGGCCCUGGCCGCCUGGGGAUCGCGAUGGCUUCGGAGGAAGCUGCGUGCCAGGCGGAAGGGAGGGGCCCCGGUCCACGUUCGCCACAUGUACUCCACCCGACGGCCACUGCGUUCCAUGGGCACUGGUGUGUCCGCGGACUUCUCCGGCUUCCAGUCUCACCGUCCCCGCACCACCGUGUGCGCGCUCAGCGAGGCGGACCUCAUUGAGUUCCCCUGCGACCGCUUCAUGGACAGCUCCGGUGGUGGGACCGGUGGCAGCUUGAGGCGAGAGGACCACCUCUUGCAAAGAUUUGCUGACUAGGCAGUGCUUCCGGGAUCUCACAGGCCUUGAGGAGCCACUCUCCGUGGUCCCAUGCCUUCUCAGAGGAAGAACUAGUUUUAUUAGACCCGUUCUUUCUCCCUUAACUGCAUUUGCUGAAGCUAAGUGGUACUGACAGUGAAUCUAGAUGCUGUCCGUCAUGUCCCAGUACUCACAAAGCAAAUGGAUGGUUCUUGGUGGUCUAACCCAAAAGUGGGGACAAAUGAAUAGUGGCGUAAAAGUGGGAAGCCUUCACACACUUAGCGCAUGCUCCUGUGACAUUUCAGCACAGUAGCUGACUGAGCUAGAAAAGGGUGCUUUAUGCUCCCAGCGUGACCAGAAGAUUUGUUUGCUCUAUGGUAAACUGAGUUCUGUUUCUAGUUAAGAAAACGGGGACUUACCACCAUCACAAAGGGGGAACAGUAACUGACCCCACUGAUUUGGUGGGCUCUGCCAAGAUGGGCCGGGUAAACAGGUCCCACUCUCACCCGGGAACCCUUUUCUGUCGCCUGGUAGAGCACCACGGAAGCCUUAAGGCUUAAACAAGGAAAAGCUACCUGUGUCAACAAUAUGAAGAGAGUUUAACAAACUGACCAAUAAACUCAAAGACUCUUUUUGGUUGGACUGGACCCCCUUCUACUGUUUCUCUAGUUCGGGAGAUGACAUUUGCUGACCUUUGGUUAACUGAUACUGUCCUCGGGAGAAGGCAGCAUUUAAUACUUCUCCGCCAGGCUUGCGCCUGUGGUUUUAAUUUUAUUUUUAAAAAAUAUAUACGUGGAAAAAUUGAAUGCCAGAUUUGAUUUUUUAAAAAGAAAAAAAAAAAAGAACGGGAUAUGUAUGUGUGCGUGUAACCCGUGACUCCCCAGGGCACCACAGCCUUCCAGUUCACUUACCACAUUUCUGAUAGCAUGUCUCGAUGGGUGUGAAUGUGACCUACAUCUCACGACAGUUCAGCAGUCCGUCUGUCCCCCCCAACCCCCUUCUUGACAGCAUCUAUUUCUUAGUUGCAUGAGGUAAUUGUCAGGCUUGGGGGGAGGGGCAAGCUCAGGGGUGGGGCUUGCUUGUGAGGCUCUGAGUUCACCACAACACAGCAAAGCAAUGGGGGAUUAUCUGUUAGUCGUGUAAUCUCUGACCACAUCUCUGUCGUCCUUUAUAAGACAUAGAACAGGAGAAGAAAUUGUAGGAAACAAAUGUGAAAAAAAACCCCAAAGUAGCAAAUAUGUGUUUCUACUAAACCCAGAAGAUCAUGAGCACUCAACUGUCACUGUGAAAUAAUUAUAUAUUUUACAAAUUGAUUCUUCCAGUAGCCAGUGUUUUACUGUGGUAUUAAAUCCUAUCUUUUAGUAGCAGAUGCAGCAUUUCUUUUCUUUUUAUGUUUCAUUUUUAAUUUAGGAUUAGCCUCCUGUAUUUGUUUAGUUGUGUUUUUAGCUAUUUGGAAUCCUUUUCUUCCCCGAUAUUUAUGAAGUCCAUGUUUAUAGUUAAAUGCAGUGGCUGGGUUCACAUUAAUAAUUCGUGUGUGGUCCACAUACACUCACUAAAAGGAUGUACACUGUGGUACAGUCGUCGUGGUUAGGAUCCAUUAGCAGUGGGGUACUGUGCAGGUCAGCCAGUUCAAGGUGCUAUGGCUAACAGUGACUCUUCUGUUUCAGGCCUCAGGCCCCUGAGGGUCUCAGUGACUCAGGGAGUCCAUGACAGUCCAGGGCCCUUCAGUCUGAUCAUUCUUCAUGUUUAGUGUACAUGAGCCAUGACUGCCUCUUCCCAGCAGCUGAGGACCUGAGGGUCUAAAUGAGCCGGUCUUUGUUUAUGUCCAGGAUGAGUAAAAUGUCCAGACCACUUAAGCCGCAGCUGCUUCUCUGGCAGUCUUAUCUGCAGGGACGAAACUUAAUAAACCACAGGAAAUAGACUGUCAUUCUGUGUUUGCUGCCAGCCUCGUUUUAGAUCCAGAGUGUAUGGUACGGGGAGCUGGGGCUGUUCGCUCUAAUUUUCAACCUGCAGGCUAUCUGGCACCUCCUGUAGAACUUGCAAUUGUUUUUUCAUGCACAGCACAGUUGCAUCUCUUAGCUGUUUCAUUUACACGGUGGUGUAAACCUGGGACCUGUUAGAAGUCUGGAGAAGACCACUGGUUAUGUUUACCAUCUGCCUUUCCCAACUGUGGACUGUCGCCAAAAAUGUUUAAUCCCUGGACUUAAAACACUCUCCCUGAAAAUCUUUCGGUGAGAAAUGGACAAAUGUUAUACAUGGUUACGUUCAAUUAUGUCAAUAAACCCACAUACUAAUAAAGGUGUCUUGUUGGAGCUUCCA